CCGGCCCGGGCCAUUUCCGGAGGCAGCAGCUGGGAGGAGGCGGUUCUCAGGUGCUCGCACGCCAGGUAUUGAGCUGGCAUGGACAAGACACUUCCUGGUGGUGACAGACAUUCAGAUCCCCACGUGAAGGUCCCAGUUAGAGAGAUGAUAUCGCUUAAUAAGAAAUCAGUGACGUUCAAGGAUGUGGCUGUGGAUUUUACUGAGGACGAGUGGAGACAGCUGAACCCUACUCAGAGACAGCUGUACAGGGAUGUGAUGCUAGAGAACUACAGAAACCUAAUUUUUCUAGGGUUUUCAGUUUUCACACCUGUUGUGAUCUCUCGUUUAGAAGGAGGAGAAGAGCCAUGGACAGUGGAGAGAGAAAUCCCAGGAAGCCCCGGUGCAGAUUGGGAGACUAAUCCUGAAGCCAGGGAAUUAGCUCCAAAGCUAAGCAUGCCUGUGGAAGAGCUGUCCCUGCAAAGCUUUACAAGGAUUAGUUCCCAGGGCUACAGGUUGGGAGAUACCUGGGAAUACAAUGUCAAGUUUGGGGAACAGCAGGACAACCAAGAGACAGAUUCUAUACAAGUAACAGUCACCCAAAGGAAAGUUCCUAAUAAGCUGAGGGGCCAUGAAUAUAAUAAAUUUGGAAGAAGCUUCAAUGUUGGAUCCAUCCUUGUUCCACCACAGAAAAUUCCUAUGAAAAAGAGUCUGCGUAAAUAUAGUACAUAUGGAAGAAGCCUCAAACAGUAUUCCAGCCUGAUGAAAUGUAGUAGAAUCUCCUCAGAAUUUUGUAAGGGUAAUGAAUCAGGCAAAGCCUUCUGUUACUACACAGACUUUCAUCAGUAUCAUAGAGUACAUACUGGGAAAAAGGCUUAUAAAUAUAAUGAAAAUGGAAAGGCUUUUAGCCAGAAUACACACAUUACACAGAAUCAGAGAAUUAGUCCUGGACAAAAGUCCCAUAAUUGUAAUGAACCUGGUCAGAUCUUCACCCGCAGUUCAUCUUUCACUACACAUCUGAAAGUCCAUAUCGGAGAGAAACCUUAUAAAUGUAAUGACUGUGGGAAAAUCUUUGGCUACAUUUCAUCCCUUAUUAAUCAUCAGAGAAUACAUACUGAAGAGAAGCCUUAUGCGUGUAAUUCAUGUGGAAAGUCCUUCAGAGACAGAUCAUACCUUACUCAACAUCAGAGAAUUCACACUGGAGAGAAACCCUAUAAGUGUAAUGAAUGUGGAAAAGUUUUCAUCCGAGGUACACAUCUUACUCGACACCAAAGAAUUCACACUGGAGAGAAACCUUAUCAUUGUAAUGAAUGUGGAAAAGCCUUCAAUCAGAGCACGCACCUUAUUCAACAUCAGAGAAUUCAUACUGGGGAGAAACCCUACAAAUGUAAUGUAUGUGGAAAAGCCUUCAGCCAGAGCACAUACGUCAUUCAACAUCAGAGGCGUCACACUGGAGAGUACCCCCAUAAGUGUGAUGAAUGUGGCAAAGCCUUCAGCCAAAGGUCAUCUCUCAUUGAGCAUCAGAGAAUCCAUACUGGAGAGAAACCCUGUGUAUGUAAUGAAUGUGGGCGAGCUUUUAGGAGUUACCCAUCUCUUACUAAACAUCAAAGAAUUCAUACUGGAGAGAAACCCUAUUUGUGUAAUGAAUGUGGGAAAGCCUUUAGCCGCAGUGCUUACCUUACUCAACAUCAAAGAAUUCAUACUGGAGAGAAGCCCUUUAAUUGUAUUGAAUGUGGGAAAAGUUUCAUUCGGAGUGCACACCUUAUUGAACACAAAAGAAUUCAUACUGGAGAGAAACCUUAUGAAUGCAGUGAAUGUGGAAAAGCCUUCAGCAAUCGCUCAUCGGUUACUAAACAUCAAAAAAUUCACACUCAAGCAAAACACUAUGAAUGCAAUGAGUGUGGGAACACCUUUAUUAAGAAAUCAUUACUUCUUCAACAUCGGAAAAUUCAUAUUGGCAAGUAACUGUAAAUAUAAUGACUAUGGUAAAGCUUCAGCCACAGCCACCAUUAGCCAUAUGUAUUCAUGAGAGAAUUCAUACUGGUGGAAAUCCCUAUCAAUGAAAUGAAUAUUGGACAGCCUUCAGAUGCGGAUAUCAUUUGAGACUUCACACUAGAGAAUGAUCUUGAGAUUCGAAAGAUUCAUGAUCUUGUUGAUGUGGGUACUUUUUCUUCCUGAUGUAGACAGUAAUCUCUUAGUAGACAGUUUGUGUGGUGGAAAGAACCUUGUGUAUAUAGUCAGGAUUUUGUUCAAUCAUU